CCUUCGGAGUAUUUCGAGUAGGCCUACCUAUGUAGUGUGUGAACAUAACUGCACAAACAGUAGAGUUCAAUAACUGGCAGAUGAGGGUAACCUUUCUUAGCAGGGUUGUUAUACGACAUCCCUCAGCAACAGCUAGAGGAAGAUGAAGUGCUGCACUUCCUAUGACCAUAUUCGGUUAGUGCCGCUGAUGCGGGAGCAUCAGUAGCCUAGACAGCUCGGUGAAAAAUGAGCGCGUUUUAUUUCCAUCAAAUACAAUAAAUGAACGUUUAUUGCAGUAGUUUAUUUGCUCCUAUCAUUUUUGAGAAGACGCUGUCAAGCCUUGAACGUCGAUUGGUUUUUGUUAAAGGAACUCAAAAGCACCCGACAACAACAACAUUUGCUAACUGUGAAUGAGAAAGCUACAGAGAGGAAAUCAGAAUGACGACACUGCUGGACCUAAAGAGCAGUGUGAUGAGGCAGGUGCAGAGGAGCCAGUCCCUGAGGGGACGAAGGGAACCUGCAACCUCUGUCAGCAGUCCCCCGUCUCACCGCCCUGACCCUCAACCCCGUGGGGUUCCAGAAGGGAAGGAGGAGUUCUUUGAGCGCAUGAACAACAUACUCCAGAAGCAGGAGAACAUUCUGCAUGCUCACAAUGCUGAGUGCCAGGGAGGGAGCAGCACUGCAGACCCACCCCCCGAACACAUUGAGCAGGCCUUUGUACCAGACAGAGCCACCAGGAGGGAGCUGGACCUCUUGUAUGAGGAGGCGGUGUACACAGUGGUGAACAGGGUCGGAGUGCCUUCACCGGAAUAUGUCGCCGGAGAAGGAGAGAUCUUCAGCUACUUGCUAAAGGUGUUUGAUCUGGGUCAGGAGGAGCAUGACAUUACUCUGCAGAGAGUCCAAGAAUCCAAGAGAGCCAGUUUCUCCCUGAGGGUUUCUGUCAUGAAAGGAAAAAAUCUAAUGGCAAAAGAUGCAAAUGGGUACAGCGACCCCUAUUGCAUGCUGGGUAUCCUGCUGGGUCAGAGCCCACGAGAGACAGAGGAGAAAAAGGAGAGGAAGUUUAGCUUCAGGAAGAGGAAGGACAAACUGGAGAAGCGUUCCAGUGUGAAGGAAGUACUGGCUGCACGCUGCAUCCAGGUCACUGAGGUCAAGCCUGAAACCCUCAACCCCGUUUGGAAUGAGCACUUUGCCUUCGACAUCGAUGAUGUCCAUAGCGAUCUACUUCAUCUAGACAUAUGGGAUCACGAUGAUGAUGUCUCGGUGGCUGAAGCCUGCAAAAAACUGAAUGAAGUCAGUGGAUUCCGAGGAAUGGGCAGGUACUUCAAGCAGAUUGCUAAAUCUGUUCGGUCCAAUGGAACAGCAGCGUCUGGGUCCGAGGAAAAUGCUGAUGACUUCUUGGGGUGCAUCAACGUUCCUCUAAAUGAGAUCCCUGUUGUGGGGUAUGAUAAAUGGUUUAAACUUGAGCCUAGAUCUAGUGCCUCCAAGGUCCAGGGGGAAUGUUACCUGAUCCUGAAGCUCUUCACAACUCAGAGAGACACAACACUGAGUAAGAGGGAUUCUAAUAUUCUCAUUCACAAGAAAAUGCUGAGUCAGAUACUGGAGUAUGAACAUGCUCACAUUCAGAAAGAGCCUUACAAUUGGAACGGGCAAGUGACUCCACCAGCAUGGACUGUGCUCUCCCAUCAUGCAGUUCAAACUGACCUCUCACCCCUGCAACAGGCCAUCAUCCGCUGGCAGUGCUACAGCAGCCACCACCGGUCCCAGAGGGUCUGCUACACCCUGCUGCUGCGUCUCCUCAGAACCAUCGAUGCAGAGUGGGAUCCCCCCGAGGUCAGAGGAGACUUGGAGAGGCAGCUGUCUGACAGCUUCCGGCUCCACAUAGAGCAUUGCCUGGGCCUGAUGAAGAGCAUGCGUCAGGUGUUUCCCUAUUCCAGUCCAUCCGCCAUCACACGCUGUGAACUCAUGCUGAGGGGGAUAGGACACAUGCAGACCAUGCAGGCAUUCAAGACUGUUUGUCCUUUACGAAAUGAAUUGCAUUUGGAAAUUGCCACAGUUGUCAAGAAAGGAACUGCGGAGUGGUAUGAGAACAUCAUCUCACAGUACAAACCAGAGAAAGGGGCCCUGGAGGAGCAGCUAAGGAGACUGGUCCAGGUGGUGGAUGCUGUGUGUGUUGACGCCCAGAGUGGACAGAACGUCUACAACAAGCUCUUCUACAGUGCUGUGAAAGUAGAUUUCUUCAGCAUCUCAUACAGGCAGUUGGAAAAACUAGUAGCAGAUGACGUGAGCGUUGCCAUGGAGAGGGUGUGUGGAACUCUGGAACAAGAAAGCACCAGACUGACUCAGAGCAUGGGCGAGACCCUCUUUGAGCUCUACAUGUCUUUGAAAACAUUGAAGCACUUCAGGGAGUUUCUACCUCUCAAGGAUGCUAAAAUGCUAGCUUUGACUGGCUUUCACAACUGGUUCAAGUCCUCUAUACACAAGUGGCUGCAGAUAGUCCAUGAGAGAUCCUGUGACAGGAUUCGUAAGGCAGUGGACAUGGACCAGCUGGAGCCAGUGCAGCAGACCAAACAUAGCUCCUCAGCGGUGGACGUCACAGCAUGUUUCAGCCAGGUGCAGGACUUCUGGUCCCAGCUGGCCUGGCCAGACUCUGCAGGAGCCUUCAUCUUCGUCACCCGCCUGACGGAUAAUUUCUGCAGUGAGGCCGUGAGUUACUCUGAGAUGAUAAAGCGCAAGAUUGAGACCAGCCAGCUGGGCCAAGACCACAAGAGCCUAACAGUGCAGCUGUGCAUUGCACUGAACAACACCGAACACGUGCGUGUGUUCCUGGGGGGCCUGCCCCGGGACCUGGACUGGCCCGGGUUGGAACAGGCCAUGGAGGAGUCUUGUGGAGCGGAAGGCAAGGAGCAGGUCAACAAGGCCCUCAACGGGCAGCUGUACAACGCAGACCUAGACCUGCAGAGAGAGGCCAAGCGCCUCAUCACCCUGCUCACUGACAAGAUGCUUUCAGAGUUGAGGAGGUACAUUCAGCACAUCAGCCUCUCCCCUGACUCCAUCAACAAUGAUGACGCUGUGUCCCCCCUCAUGAAGUACUUGCACGACACUCUGGUCAUCCUCAGUGAGUCCCUGCUGAACGAGAAUCUGACAAGAGUUCUCCACAGCAUGUGGGAGCUGCUCCUCAGGAUGAUCCUAGACACCAUCGCUGAGAACCGGGGAGUCCAGGUGGAGUUCUACAACCGCUUUCAGUACACUGUGGAGGCCCUGGUGCAGUUCUUUCACGCCGAAGGAGAGGGACUGGCGUUGGAGGAUAUGAAGAGUGGAGACUACAAGGCCCUGGAUGAGGAGCUGAGGCUGAAUAAAUGCUCCUCCUUCGAGCUGAUCGAGCAGUACUUCCUGGAGAAGAUCUCCCAGCAGAGAACACUUAAGCACACCCGUUUUGGCCGUAUCAGUGUAAAGUGUUACUACGAUGCUCCUGAACAGAGACUGACUGUGGAAAUUUUGCAUGCAGCUGACCUCAUUGCCCUGGAUGCCAACGGGCUAAGUGAUCCCUUUGUCAUCAUGGAACUGUGUCCCCAUCACCUCUUUCCUAUGGCCAAGAGUCAGCGCACCCAAGUCAAGCUCAAGACCCUCCAUCCAGUAUUUGAUGAGAUCUUUUACUUCCAUGUCAGUCCUGAGCAGUACAGACACAGGUUUGCAUGUUUGAUCUUCACUGUGAUGGACUAUGAUUGGUUGUCCACCAAUGACUUUGCUGGUGAAGCUGUGGCCCCCCUAAGUGACUACUGUUGGCCGGGGAGACCUAAUGCCUCAGCAUCUGGCAAGAACGUCCAGCCCUCCAUCUUGCACUUGUCUCGCAACAAACCCAGCGAGAAGCCAAUCAUGAGGAUGCUGGAUGCACGGACAGGAGACAAGGAGGCUCAGGAGUUUGUUCGCAGACUGAAGGAGAUUGAGAAGUCUAUGGAAGAGGAGUAAGCUGUCCAGCUUCUGGUGUAUCAAUGUUUUCUUGCCACAUCUUGCCCUUGCCGUAUUUGCUUUUGUACUUGUUGUACGAUGUUUCCAAUGUUUACAGUUUUUAAAUCCUCUUGAAUGUGCAGUAAAUAUGUCCUAAUGGAAAAACAUGGUAAGACAUAACACUGUUUUCUAAUUGGGAAGCUGAUGUCCUGUCAGUGCUGUAUUUCAAUGUCUCAGCAUUACCCAGACAGAGUAUCUGAGAAAUGUGACAAAUAGUGUACUCUAUACUGUAGCUAUAUUACUCAAUACAGUAUAUUUUGUUAAGAGGUUUCUGAAUGUCAUCUUGUUGUAUUAUCUUUGAUAUGAUAGAUUUAAACGUACAUCAAAUGACAAUUGUGUUUGUAAAACGAUUGGUAUGCAGUUUAAUCAUUAAAAUGGAUAUUACAGCCAUUAUAAUAUUUUACAUAUUCAUUCACCCCCCCCCCCCAUGAAGAUAUCCCUAUUAAUUGAUUGCAGAGUUUAUGGAAAAGUAGCACUGUCUGUUUAACGACAAACAAAAAGCCAUCUGUAGUCACAUUUUAAAACCGUGUGCGUAAUGUCAGCUGUACUCAAAUAUGAUUCCGAAAUGAUUAUCUCUUCAGAUUAUGGAACAUAUCCUUGAAAAGAAAAGGAUCUUAUAUUUGUUAUUGUAAAUGUGAAUUAUUUGUCAUUGAACCGUAAUGGACUGUGUUGCUGUUGAAUGUAUUAUUCAUAUGAACCUAACUGUAAACUGUACUUUAACGUGAUUACUUCAAUAAACAAU